CAUGUUUCCUGAUAAAGUCUAUUAUGUUGAGAACCGACAGCCGCUCACGUUUGGUUUAUUGUUUUAAAUUGCACAAGAGCUCCGAUUGGAUACUUUUGGUCAUGUGACCAGAAUCUGGUUCCAUCCCGUCACAGCUUUUUUAAUGAACCAUUCACAGAAAGCUCAAUCGAUGCCCCAGACAUGGUUAUGAAAAUGAGCUCUGAAGGCCGCGGAUGUUAUUGUCCACACAGGAAAUUCUUACAUCACUCUGCUCUUCUCAAAUGGACUCCAUCACACAGGAAGCUCCAUGCUGUGGCCUGUGUGCCCUGCUGCAGCAUCAGCUCCAGCUGAGGGAUGACUCAGCACCAUUUAGGCAUUGAAGGGAAAACAAAACGUACACCUGCGUCCGUAAUGGUCUCUUCCACUAUUCUGCAAGCCUCCCCUGAAUGAGUCAUCCAGCCGGCUCCUCAUUGGAUAAGACCAUGCCAUCCCAAGGGAUUGCCUUGCAGAGGCAGAAAGGCCUUGCUUCCAUUCACAGAAACAUUGCUAGAAAUCAGCAGCAGCAGGAGCAUCACCACCGCUGGAAACCAAACAAGCUGCACCAGAACACUGGCAGCCUUUAUGAGACCUUUUUCUCUCCAUCCUCUUCUUCUUCUGACUCAAUGCUUCAUGGAUUUUGUCUGUAUAUUUCACUCUGACGGAUUGGAUUGCAGCUCUGGAUUUCAUUGAGAACAGAUUGGACUUUGGCGACAGCAGCAGCAGCAGCAGCAGCAGCAGCUCAACACAACCACCACUGUAACCUCAAUAGAGAAAAUUACAGUCAGGUGGCCUGUGAUUGCUAAAAGGCGUUUGCUGCCUGUACUGCUGCUGCUAUGUUACAGGAGAGGGUAAUCAGCACGGCUCAGCCACGUCUGCCAGCACACUCGUGAAAGAGGCAGGCUGUGCGUGUCGGUUGGUGGAGAGAGGGGAAAGAGCAAGAGAGAGAAGGGUAUGCUUCACCGUACCAAAUACAACCGCUUCAGGAAUGAGUCAGUAACAUCCGUCGAUGAGCUUCUCCACGGCCUGUCCAUGAACCCCAAGGUCUCGGCCACCCCCCAUUCUGCAGCCGAGACAUCUUACACACCCCCGACUGAGGUCCAGUCCUCCUCCACCACUACUGCUUCCAGCACCCCCACCAGCCACGGCUCUGACCACCUGGAAGAUGGAGGCACCACCCUCUGUACCCUCAUCAACAAGGUGUCCAGCCUGAAAUUCAGCAACUCAGGCAGCUUGCUGGGCAUCAAGAGUCUGCCCUCGGCUGUCAAGGACCUGGCUGUGUCUAAGCUGCAGGCGGGUGGGGGAUCGGGCUCAGGCAGCUCCAGCUGCCCGAACCCCAGUGCAGCGACAGCAGCAGAGGCAGCAGCAGCCUCUGGUGUGGGCGGCUCUCUGUGCAGCUCGGCCUCCCAUUCGACCCCCUGCUCGCAGCUGGAGCCAGCCAUCGGCAUGAGCAAGAAGAGCAGGCUGGAGGAGCUCCAGCCCAGCAGGGUGGACUGGAAUCCAGGUGGAGGUGGUGCACUGGUGAGCAAACCCUCGAGAGGAUGGCUACACUCGAGCGAGAAGAUCUCUGGUCCAGGAGUGACAUACAUUGUGAAGUAUCUGGGCUGUAUUGAAGUCCUUCGAUCAAUGAGAUCCCUGGACUUCACCACAAGAUCACAAAUUACAAGGGAAGCCAUCAGCCUGGUGUGUGAGGCUGUUCCAGGGACCAAAGGAGCUCUGCGAAAGAGAAAGCCACCGUCCAAAGCUCUGUCCAGUAUCCUUGGGAAGAGCAACCUGCAGUUUGCUGGCAUGUCCAUCAAUCUAAAUAUCUCCACCAGUAGCCUCAACCUGAUGACCCCUGACGGCAAACAGAUCAUAGCCAACCAUCACAUGCAGUCCAUCUCAUUUGCAUCAGGUGGAGAUCCGGACACAACAGAUUAUGUUGCCUAUGUAGCCAAGGAUCCUGUUAACAGAAGAGCCUGUCACAUCCUCGAGUGCUCUGACGGGCUGGCUCAGGACGUCAUCAGCACCAUCGGCCAGGCCUUUGACCUUCGUUUCCAGCAGUACCUGCAGUGUCCCUCAAGCAAACUCUCCUCCACACAUGACAGGGUAUUAAACAUGGAGGAGUUACCAUGGACAGAGGAAGAGGAGGAGUCAGUAGAACAUCCUUACUAUAACAACAUUCCUGGCAAGAUGCCACCCCCUGGAGGUUUCAUUGACACCCGGCUGGCCAAUCAGAAUGCAGCACCAGAUGGAUGCCAGAUAGGCCCUGGCACUGUGGAUCAGACAUAUUACCAGGGGCGGCACUGUGGAGAAAACUGGGGAGAAGAAAGAAGGACCAUAUUCAUACAACAAGGAUCAUUCGAUAUAAGCGGUCUGCCAGACAGUAAAAAUCAAGCACCAAAAACAGGAGAGAUGCCCGCGUAUGUGAACACUCAGCAAAUCGACGCCCAGGUGCUCGCAGCACUCCAGGCGGAGGCAGAAAAUGUGACGAAGGGCAUGGCAGCUGUAGCCAAAGAGAGCCCACAGAAGGACCUGUUUGACAUGAAGCCCUUCGAGGAUGCCAUUCAGUCGCAGUCCCAUCCACCGUCUCAAGGGGCAGCCCAGUCCCAGGCAUCUAGUCUUCACAAAGCAGCAUCCGUGGACAACUCCAGCCCUCUUCUUGUGCGCUCGCUGGCCUUCAGGGCGCAGGAGGAGCUGGAGGGCCAGACGUGGUACCAUGGCAUCAUGAGCCGGCGUGAUGCUGAGAAACUGCUGAAAGAUGAUGGUGACUUCCUGGUCCGUAAGAGCACUACCAACCCGGGGUCCUACGUACUGACGGGCAUGCACAAUGGACUGGCCAAACAUCUACUGUUGGUGGACCCUGAGGGCACGGUACGGACAAAAGAUCACAUAUUUGACAGCAUUACCCAUCUUAUUGGCCAUCACCGUGACAACAAUCUGCCAAUUGUGUCAGCUGGGAGUGAACUUUGUCUCCUACAGCCCGUUGGAAGGAAACAGUGAUGCUUGCAAUGCCUGAUGGGAAAUAGGAAGCUCUGGACAGUCUCUCCUACCAUCCUGAAACUUGAAGAUGAAACAUGAAGAGAAGAUGCUUAAAGGCUCUAUGACUCACUCACAUAACAGUGUUUUGGGAAAUCAGCCUGUGGUUACUUUACUGGAGGCACUGGAAGACGCAAGAUUUGUCUAAGAUAAAAAAAAUAUUUAUAGAACUGUUAUUAUUUUGUUGUGAUGACUGAAAUGCUAUAUUUUUGAGAAGACAUAGGUGCAUUUGGACAUAAUAUCUUGAUUUGGUGUUUUAAAAGAUUAAAAAAAGACAGUUGUUCUUGUAGUUUAGCUGAAGUGCAAAUCAAACCUCAAAGAGGUGUUAACAAGAGUAUUUUAGAAUAAAAACCUGAAAUUUUAGUUUUGUCUGUCAAGCACAACCACAUUUCUACAGGAACUGCUGGCUAAGAGGUUGAAGAAACAAACAAACAGAAAAAAAACAGUUUGGACAACAAAUGCUGUUUAUAAUGAAUUAAUUUAGGAAAAAAAAAUCUCCUUUACUUGCACCAGUAGCGUGACAGCUCACUCAAUUAGUCACUAUAUGAAAUCUGCUUUUAUUGGGAAUUAGAACUGAAUGUGUUUUGCUUUGCAGUAGUCACAAAGUGUCGGGGUGCAAACAGGCAUCCUCCAUAGUGCUGUCAAUGGCUUUAAAGAAAAACUUUUUUAUGAAGUAUUUUUUGUGUCACUGCAGUCGCAUGACUUAAAAUCAACCGUUCUUGUGGACAUUGUUCGUAGACCUUGAUACCCCUUUAUUUGAAAGAGGUGCUUGUGUAUGCUGACACUGUAAAAAUAUUUAUGCUUUUCAACCAGUGAUUAUUUCUGAAUUGGUUUUCUCUGGAUUCUUCUUUUAGAUGUGUAGUCGAUUAGUUUCAGGGCUUGAGUCAUGCAGUGGAUAUUCUCACAUUCUUGAUUGACAUUUUCAGCUUUUUUUUUUUUUUCGGUGAUCUUUUAAAAUUUAUCAUUCGAAUGAUCACAAAUGAAUAGCACAAUCAGAAAGUUAGGUCAGUUAUACCAUCCUGUGUCAGUUGUACCGAGGCGAAUUACCAAUGUGUUGCGACGUAAUUUCCACAUUUUACUCAAUUAGACUAAUUGCUGAGUUCCCACAGUGUGCACUAAAUGCAGAAUGUUUAAUAGUAGAACACCUUCACUUAUGUGUGGAUGUCUUAUGGCAAGACUACUUUACCACCACUAGAUGUCAUCACUGAAAUGCUUGUUUACCCUGUUAGUCACACGCACUUCAGUUCUCUUGUGUUAUCACUUAUUAGUGGCAAAGGAUGCUGCCUGUGUAUUGCUUUAAGCAGUACAGUAUGGGAAAAUCAAACUCAAGGAGCAAGUCUUCUACCAUUAUCGCUUGAUGGGCCAGAGUUAAUUUGCAUUUUGCAGUCUGCUGUACGCAAUCCAUUCCUCAGAACAGUUUGCUUUCUUUAGGUUAAACUGACUUUUUUUCUUAAAGUGGAAAUCCAAAAUUUUGAAAUGACUUCUAGAAAUAGUACACAGCAGUUCUGGCAACAGAUUUUUUAAAUGCUCUCAUCCUUACUAUUGUCAGUACUCUGAUGGAUACCAAAUGAAUGGGGCAUUGUAUCUGAUAUGCACUGGACCACUUCAGUUGAACCAAAAUCAGCGUGUGUUCAAUGAGUUUGACAAGACAGAUGCAAUGUAAUAUAACGUGCCUGUAUUUUGCUGCAAGAGGGAGUGUACAGUACAUGCUCACUACAACUCAUUUUAGCAAGUAGCAGUAUUGGGAUUGUUAUAUACAAAAAAAAUAUCCAGCACCAUUUCGGUUUAAGCUGAUAAGACAUUCCUCGAUUCUUUGCGUCCCUAUGAAAGGAAGAGCCUGACAAAUUGGAGAUUUUUAGAGAGGUGUGAGAAGAAAACGGCACAAAGAAUCAUUUUAUAUUAUUUUAAUUGUGAUUUAGUUAUCUGCCAUUUACUUUUAACUUUGUCCAAUUCUUUGUGACAUAAUUUCAUCAAAUCUAAUAUCUCGAGAGAAGGAGUAAUGUGCUGAAGUUUUAAAAAGCACUCUGCUAAUGUAGUGAUUUAUUUUGGGAUCAGUCUUUAUUUCUGAUAAUUUGCAGUAAUCACCUUGGCAAAAAAAAAAAAUGUGCAAAGUUUUGAACAAAGCAAAUACAGCAGGAACAAAACUAAAACUCCAUACUUGAAUCUCUAUGAUAACACGAUAAUUAGCUGCGUGGCGUAAAGAAAUUACACAACCAAACACGCUGGGACACAAAAAGAACAUGGCUUCUUUCCAGAUUUUCUGUUGAUGAAAAUGUGCCUUUUAUUUGUACAAAUGGUAUUUUUAUUUCUCUUUCUCUCUCUCUUCAAAGUGCAAUAGCUGAUCUUCAAUGGGGCAUGCCUGUUCACUAGAGGUUGUGUUUUGCCCUGCUGCGUGUUGCUGCUUGAGACUACUGUUUUCUCUCUCUAUCUGUCCCUUUCUCUCCCUCCCUCCCUCUCUAUUAUAUAUUAUAAAUGUAUCAUUUCCAGAUUCUACAUAUUAAUCUUUGUCGGAGGGAAUCACACAGAAACUCACUAUUUUGGAACAGGUAGAGUCAAAAAAAAAAAAGGAAAUAAAAACAAAGAAACAAGAAGUCCAAAUGAUGUUUACAGAUUUAAUCUUUUGGUUGUAUGGGUUUAUCAUUAUUCUGUAUGACUGUUGGCAAUAAAACCGUGAAUGUGUA